GUUAGAAGAAGAUGGCGGCUGUGGAAAGGGAGCGCUGUGUUUGGCGCCGCGGCCACUCGCACACUCACUGUUAAAGCCUUACACGCAUGUUUAGCUUUCGAAUUUCUCACUGCUGCACUUUACAUUAAUGAGAGGAUUGGAGGCUAACGCUACCAAAGAAGCUCAAGAGAAACUAAACAGGGAUAGAGUGCAAGAAAAGGAAGAACAGUUGAUGGAAGAAAGGAAAAAGAGAAAAGACGACAAGAAAAAAAAGGAAGCCGCUUUGAAGAAGGCAAUUGAACAAAAAAACAAAGUGCCAGAACCAACCAAGACCAGUCAAAGCCAGCCUCAGCCUGCCAACCCUAACAGCGGCACUUCCAUAACUACCAGCAACAAUAGCAAUGCCAAGCGGGUCCCAUCCAACACUCAGCAGCAAGCCUUGUCUCGAUAUCCACCUCGUGAAGUACCGCCACGCUUUCGACACCAGGAGCAAAAGCAACUGCUGAAAAGGGGCCAGCAGCUACCAUCAGCAUCUGGGACCGCAACACCAGUACUGACCAGCCUGUCUGGAGGCAGUGCUGUUACUCUGCAGCCAUUGACCAACGGGCAGCUGCAAUACAGCAGCAAAAUUCAGCCAGGCAUGCCUCCCAUUCGGGAUUUGGUCAGCCACUCCCCUAACCAGUCAGAUAUAAAUCACAGUGGUUUGGGAUCGCAUUAUGAAAAUUCUCACUGGGGACCUGUCUCUACUAACGGUGACUCUUCUACAAAUUGGGAUAAAGUUAUUGUAGACGGUUCCGACAAAGAAGCCUGGCCUUCAAUCACUGGCAGUGACCCAGAGUUAGCUUCAGAAUGUAUGGACGUUGACUGUGCUUCAAGCUCUGGGUCAGAGAAGAACCUCAAUAUCAUGGCUUCGGGGAACACAGUUGGUGAUGGUGAUGGCAACAGAACAGGCAAUGGAAAUGGUUCUUCAAGCCAGUUUGUGGUUGGAAAUGUCAGCAAUAAUGUAGGAAAUGGAAGUAUUAACGGGCCUUGGGGAGGAUCUCGAGGCCCUUUGUCAAGCACAUGUCAGGGUUCAGCAGAAAACGUAGAUGGCAAACCAGAAAGUGGCCAUGGUAAACUGAAUGCUUGGGGCAGCAUAGGUUCCACAUCAACUGGAUCCUUGAAUCCAAAUGCCAACCUGGGUGGCUGGCCAGUUUUGGAAAAUGAUGGAAAUACUGUGCAAGGACCUGUGCCAGGUGGCAAUUCUGGCACCAAUGUUCAACGUAGCACUGUAGGUCAAAUGAUGAAUAAUCAGAGUGUUAAUAUGGGAUCGUCAGCUCAUGGUUCGUGGGGAGGACUGCAGGAGAAUUCUGAUGUAGAAGUUAAUGGUACAAGGAAUGUUUCAUUCAGUGGACAACCUCAAAACCUUAACACUGAAAUGAAUGGACCAAAUAACACUACUAACCCAUUGACCUCUAGCUUACCAAACUCUACUAGUUCGAUGCAGACGAAUGAACUGCCUAAACUUACAGGGCCUGGGGCCUGGGGUGUACCCUUAGGAAUGAGCACAGUAAACCCAUCUCAGCUUCAGGCCUGUUCAAUUACAAAUGGCACUUCUGUUUCUCAACUUGGCAAUGGAGGAAUUAGUGAGGGAAUGAACAGUGGGUCACAUGGUACGACUUGGGGUACAUCCAGCACUAACUACUCUGGAGAGAAAUGUCCAGGCUCGAGCAGUAAUUUGGGGCAAACUAGUGGUGACACUGUGAAUGCAACUCUAGCACAAUCUGCUAUUAAUGGAUCUGGGAGUACUGCUUACAAAAGUAAUGGGGGAAGCAAUAGAGGAGGAGUUGCUUGGGAAUCUGGUGUGGUCAACUCCCACAAUGUGGCUUGGGGGGCGGGGAACAGUGCAGGCUCCGGAGGGACUAGAAGAGUCUGGGGAAACCCAGCACCAAAUGCAAACACUGGCACUAAUGUCUCAAAUGGGGAAUGGAACAAACUGCCUAACAAUCAGCAUUCCAAUAAUGGUCUAAAUGGAAGUGGUAAUAGGAAGGGAACAAAUGGAUGGAAAAGUCUAGAUGAUGCUCUUUGUGGUCAGAAUCAGAAUUCUAAUAUGUGUCAGCCAAGUGAACAGAACAAUAUGUGGGUUAAAACUCCAUCAACUUCAGGUACAGCAGACAGUGAAGGGAGCACAGAGAGCACAGGGAGUCGCCAUGAUAGAAUGAGUGUAGGAAGUGGUGAUGGCAAUAACAGACGUGGUGAAAAAAGGAAACCUGACCAACCGGGUAUGGUCCAAAGUAUUCUGAGUAGAACUGACUUGGACCCACGUGUCCUUUCCAAUACAGGUUGGGGGCAGACUCCAAUCAAACAAAACACUGCCUGGGAUAUUGAACCUUCAGCAAAGAGUGAGAGAAAAACUGACAAUGGAACAGAGGCCUGGGGAGGUUGUGUGUCUCAAACUUCAAACUCAGGGGGGUGGGGGGAUGGGCCUGGCCCUAUCAGUAAUGAUACCUCAUCAGUAUCUGGGUGGGGGGAUCCAAAGCCUGCUACAGUCUCUUGCAACACAGGAUGGGGAGACACCAAAGGCUCAAGCAGCCAAGGGGGAUGGGAGGAUAAUUCUGCUGCUACAGGAUUGGUUAAGAGCAAUCAAACAUGGGGAGGGAAUAAAGAAGAAAAGUCAGCUGCGUGGAAUGAUGCACAAAAGGUCAAACAGGGAUGGGUUGAUGGGCAGAAAUCAAACCAAGGUUGGGGAAUUUCUGGAGCUGAUGGAUGGGGAGAGAAUUCAAGGAGUGGCCAGUGGGGAGAAUCACAGAAGACGAGCUCAGGCAGUUGGGAUAAUGACAGUGAUAGAUCUGUGUCUGGGUGGAAUGAACCUGGGAGACCAGGCACAGGCCGAGGCACAUGGGCAAAUAGUAGCAAUUCAAACCCCAAUAGUACUACAGGUUGGGGGGAGGCCACCAAACCUGCUCAGCCCCAGGGCUGGGGGGAGCCCAUCAAGCCUAUUCAGCCCCAGGGCUGGGGGGAGCCCGGCAAGGCUGCUCAGUCCCAGGGCUGGGGGGAGCCCCCAAAAACUGCUCAGUCCCAGGGCUGGGGGGAGCCUACCAAGUUGAGUAACUCCACAGACUGGAAUAAGCCACAGGACAGUAAUGGUUCUUGGGGAGCUGCACCUCCUGCAAAUAAGUCUUCUGGCUCUGGCUGGCUCAAUGGCCCGAUGCCAACUCCCUCAAAAGAGGAGGAACCUACAGGCUGGGAGGAACCUUCUCCAGAAUCUAUUCGCCGCAAAAUGGAAAUAGAUGAUGGCACUGCUGCCUGGGGGGACCCGAGCAAGUACAAUUACAAGGGCGUGAAUAUGUGGAACAAAAAUUCGCAGAGCAUUGGCAACAGUUCAGAGCAGCCAGCACAGGUCCAGCCUCCUCCAACGUCACAACAGGCCACACUACACCAACAGCAGCUUCCACAGCAGAUGCCACCGCCAAGUGCCAUGCAGAACAAGGAGAACAGUGGCUCUGGUUGGGGAGAACCUUGCAACAUUCAAACAAAACCAGAAUCCUCUUGGGGAGAACCGCCUGCUCUAACCGUGACAGUGGACAAUGGAACCGCAGCUUGGGGUCAACCCAUGGAUACAGGAACCAGCUGGAGAGAGCCAGUUAAUGACAGUGCUGGUACCUCUGGUUGGGGCAACACCCCAGCUGCCCCACCGCCUCCAAAUAGACCUGCCCCCAAACCUAUGCAAGAUGGCUGGGGUGAUGAGGAAGCAUCGGUGCCAGGAACUCGUCACUCUAGCUGGGAGGAGGAGGAAGGGGAGUCAGUGAUGUGGAACAGCAACAUCUCACAGGAUAACAGCUCCUCUUCAAACUGGGCAUCAAAAAAGAUGGCUCAAAAGGGCAUGAUGAAAGGAGGAAGCAAACCGGAUGAUAUGUGGAUGAAUCAAUUAAUGAAGCAAUUCUCUAACAUUGGAUUUCCUAGGGAGUCUGCUGAAGAAACCAAGAGCAAUAAGACGGACAUACCUGUUGGUAUGUUAAGAGAUAAGAGAAUGGAGAUGGACAAGCACGGCAUGAACAUUGGAGAAUAUAAUGGCAUUAUAGGCAAAGGACAUGCUUCUCGUCCUCCGAUUUCCAAAGAGUCUUCCAUGGAACGCAAUCCUUAUUAUGAUAAGAAUGGCAAUCCUAACAUAUUUGGCGGCAGCAAUGCAGCAGCACAAGCCAGGGGCAUGCAACAGCCUCCAGCACAACCUCUUAACUCAUCUCAGCCUAAUCUCCGCGCUCAAGUGCCUCCUCCAUUAUUAUCCCCUCAGGUUCCAGCAUCAUUACUGAAGUAUGCAACAGCCAAUGGGAGCCUAAACACUGCACUAUUGAAUUUUGGCCCCCAGCAGGUAGCCAUGCUGAACCAGCUCUCCCAGUUGAACCAGCUAUCUCAACUUUCACAGAUCUCCCAGCUACAGCGACUGCUGCUUCAGCAACAGAAGGCACAGAAUCAGAGGAACGUGCCUGGACCUAUGCGUCAGUCUCAAGAGCAGGCUGCUCGUGUGCUCAACAUGCAACAGAUGCUGCAACACCCCCGUCAACUGGAUACAAGCCUUCUGAAGCAGCAGCCUCCGCCGCAGCAGCCAAUGCAUCAGCCCUCCAUGAAGCCCUUCCCGGAGAACCUCAUGCCCCCCACCCCUCACGAGCUGCAAACAAAAGAGCCGCCUUCGCUCAACUCAUACAGCAGCUACCCUUUAGGUGGGUUUCCCCAACCCAGUCCAGGGCAAUCUGAUCCCACGGUGCCACAAGCUGCUCACCUUUCCCCCAUGCCCUCACACUAUCCCAUGCCCAAAAUGUUUCUUCCUGACAACAGCCCUAACCACAGCCUCCUCAGCCCUCCACUGUGUAAUGCAAACAGCCACAUACCAGGCUCACCCAUCCAUCAACAUGCAGGGAGGAAACCUGCUACUCAAGAAAGGUCUAUGUCAAGAGGCUUGAAUCCAAACUUGAAUGUACCCCUGGAUUUCGGCAGUAUUGUUAACCUGAAAGAGCCACAAUCCCAACAGUCCCGACUGAAGCAAUGGACUGCCUCAGAGAACCUUCCUGUUAAUUCCUCUCUAGAUCAAAACUCCAGCAAACAUGGUGCUACUUCAAGUGGUCUUAGUAUUUGUUCUGGCAAGUUGCUUGAAGAAUCUCCUUUUGGUCACUUUGACAUUUCCAUGAAUUCUCUGGCCAGUCCUCCUGGAUCUGUUGGAGAUGGCUGGCCAAGUGCCAAAUCACCCAGUGAUAAGCUCUCUAGCAAUGUUAAUUGGCCACCAGAGUUUCGCCCUGGUGAGCCAUGGAAAGGUUAUCAAAACAUUGACCCUGAAACUGACCCUUACGUCACUCCUGGCAGUGUGAUGACCAGUCUAUCGAUCUCUACUGCUCGGGAUCUUGACCUCCUCAGGGACAGGAACAAUGGGUCGUCCUCAUCUAUGAACACCACGCUGCCUUCAACUAGUGCCUGGUCCCUUGUUGGUGCCUCCAGCUACAGUAGUUCCCUCAGCAGUACAGCACAAAGCACUCCAGCCAGAAUCGGUGACCCCAAAUCCACUUGGUCUCCUGGUCCGGUUACCAAUGCUUCCCUGGCUCAUGAGCUGUGGAAAGUCCCCCUACCACCCAAAAACACUACCGCUCCGUCCCGCCCACCACCAGGGCUGACCAAUCAGAAGCCUUCGUCCUCGUGGGGAAAUAGCUCGCUGCGUGUGGGUGGAGGAUGGGGGACUUCCGAGUCCAGAUACAACCCUGGUCCAAGCUGGGGCGACAUCAGCUCAGGUAGAAUAACCAACUGGCUUGUUCUCAAGAACCUCACGCCUCAGAUUGAUGGCUCUACUUUGCGUACACUGUGCAUGCAGCACGGCCCACUAAUAACAUUCCACCUUAACCUGCCCCAUGGAAACGCUUUGGUCUGUUACAGCUCGAAAGAAGAGGCAGCCAAGGCACAGAAAUCGCUACACAUGUGUGUUUUAGGGAACACUACCAUUCUUGCUGAGUUUGCCAGUGAAGACGAGAUUAAUCGCUUCUUUGCACAAGGCCAGUCGCUGACCCCCUCUCUGGGCUGGCAAUCUCUGGGAUCCAGCCAGAACCGUAUCACAUCCAUUGACAGUUCCCACCCAUUCUCAAACCGCAAUGAUCUCAAUCACUGGAAUGGUGCUGGGCUGUCGGGAACAGGUGGAGACCUCCAUGGCACUUCACUCUGGGGUACCCCCAAUUAUUCCACUAGCCUGUGGGGAACCCCGAGCAACAAUGACACGCGGGGAAUCGGCAGCCCCUCCCCCAUCAACGCUUUCCUCCCUGUUGACCACCUUGGAGGUGGAGAGUCCAUCUGAAUUUUACUCAUGACUCAAACUGUGACCUCUACACGAAAAGCAGCACUAAUCGGACUUUUCACCUACAGCGUGAGAGAGAUGGGGAAAAGGGGUCACCUGUGGAAAUGUUCCGUUCUGCACCUUUAUUUCCACUUUCUUUUAGCCCAGAACAUAUCAGUUUUAAUACUUGAAUCAUGCAGGCCAAUAGUAAAAAAAAAAUGUGAAAAAGUAUAUAUUUAUACUUCCAGAUAGUGCUAUCCAUUUAAAAAGAAAAAAAACUGCUUCAAAUGAGCUAGUUUGUGCACUCAUCAUGUUUGUUCCUUAAAUUCCAAAACUUUAUUUGAGUUGGCUGAUGGGAGUGUGAGCUGUUAAUCUGCACUGAGUACUGUCUCCCUGUCCAAUUGGCAAUAGGGCGGGGUGGGGGGGGAGAGGGUAGUUCAAGUGUAAAUGUUUACUCAAGGAUGUUCUUUUAGCAAGGAAAAAAAUGGACAAAAAGUGUGCUCUUUAAUAUGCCUUGACAUGUACUUACCUUAACGUGGUAUUGUAGAGCAAGGUCAAGUUAUCGUACUGACUUUGCAAUUUCAAAAAGUAUUGCACCAACCUGUUUCUUUUCAAAACGUUUUAGUAAGAUGAUAAAAGAAAAACCUAAAGAAUUUAAUCUCUACAGUGUGACACUGUGGGCAGCAGCUGUGACUUGCAACCCCACCCUGCAAGCCAGGAGGGUACAGCACUUUCAAUAGAGCUUUCAUUUUUUUUUGGAGGUGCCCUGGUCGUGCCCUCUUGUUUACAGACUUUCGAGGGGAAAUGUUUACUCUUCCAUCAUUCAUAAAAAAAUGAAAAAAAAUUUUAAAAUUUUUUUAAAAAAUUAAAAAAAAAAUAUUUGCGGAUGAAGAUGUUCUAUCUCUGGGAAUAUUUGAACAGUGUUUUGACCAUGUUCUUUUUUUUUCUAUUCCUCUAUAUCCUGAAACGAGAGAGAGCAUGGUUCUCAGGAAAUAGUUCCCCCCUCCCCGCCUCUGACACAUUAGAAACUCCUGGUAGAUAUGUGUAGGAAACCCCCAACUUGUAGCACUGAAUUAAACUGCUCUGUAAAAGUUACCUUUUUUUUUUGCCAAGUUAAACUGCUUAAAGCUGGAGUUUCCAGUCAUUGCUUUGAAAUUGCUGUCUUUUUAUAGUGAGUGAAGGUGGAUUUUGCUGACAUGUUGUAGUAUAUAUACUUUAUUUUUUCCCUCCUUUAUAUUCCCAUUAUCGAGUGGCUAAACGUAUUUUGCUAUUGUGACUGUGUCCAAUUGACUGUUGUACUUAAAAAGAAAAACUGGCUGAGAUCUGUAACUAUGCAUACUGUAACCAGCUCUGGUGGUUUACAGAAUCAUACUGUUCAU